AUGGCGGAUCGGGCGGAGAUGUUUUCUCUUUCCACCUUUCACUCGCUUUCGCCGCCAGGCUGCAGGCCUCCCCAGGACAUAAGCCUGGAAGAAUUUGAUGAUGAGGACCUGUCUGAGAUCACCGAUGACUGUGGCCUGGGCCUCAGCUAUGACUCGGACCACUGCGAGAAGGACAGUCUCUCCCUGGGACGUUCGGAGCAGCCACACCCGAUCUGCUCCUUCCAGGAUGAUUUCCAGGAGUUUGAGAUGAUCGAUGACAAUGAAGAGGAGGAGGAGGAGGAGGAAGAGGAGGAGGAGGAGGAGGAAGAGGAGGAGGAGGAAGAGGAGGAAGGAGAAGGGGAGGGCAAGGAGGGAGGAGGCCCUGGUUCAGAGGCCCCUGCCCCAGAGGCCCUGAUCCCUUCCCCCUCCCUGGAGGAACCCCACAAGAACCGGCCCACCACUCUCCACCUGACUACGCUGGGAGCCCAGGACUCCCUGAACAACAAUGGAGGCUUUGCCCCAGCGCCUCCAGCUUCCUGGCAGGAGACAGUGCUGUGCUCUCCUCCCCAGGAGCCCCUCAGAGAGUCACCCGCCUCCCUCCAGCCCACAGACGCGAGCCCGUGCGGGGCACAGUCGCCUGUGCGCCCGGGUUGCGAUUGUGAAGGGAACCCACCGGCCGCGGCCCCCCCUGCGCCCUGUGGAGCCUCGCCCUCCUCAGAUCCUGGCAUCGAGGCUGACCUGGGAAGCCGCUCCAGCGGGGGCCGAGGAGGCCGGCGCAGCAGCCAGGAGCUGUCCUCGCCAGGCUCCGACUCGGAGGACGCAGGGGGCGCGCGCCUGGGGCGUAUGAUUUCGUCCAUCUCAGAGACCGAGCUGGAGCUGAGCAGCGACGGCGGCAGCAGCAGCAGCAGUGGCCGCUCCUCGCACCUCACCAACUCCAUCGAGGAGGCCUCAUCGCCUGCCUCCGAGCCGGAGCCCGAGCCCGAGCCUGAGGCCCCAUGUGAGCCCCCGCGUCGCCCCGCCUUCCUGCCCGUGGGCCCCGACGACACCAACAGCGAGUACGAGUCAGGGUCCGAGUCUGAGCCAGACCUCAGCGAGGACGCCGACUCGCCCUGGCUGCUCAGCAACCUCGUGAGCCGCAUGAUCUCCGAGGGCUCCUCACCCAUCCGCUGCCCCGGCCAGUGCCUGUCUCCUGCGUCGCGUCCUUCCGGGGAGCCCUCGUCGCCCGCGGGUGGGACCAUGGAGGCCCCUGAGGCGGCUGCAGGGCCAGGCGGCGUGGAGCUGGUGGACAUGGAGACGCUGUGCGGGCCACCGCCCCCCGCGCCCUCUGCACCUCGGCCUGGCCCCGCCCAGCCCGGGCCCUGCCUCUUCCUCAGCAACCCCACGCGCGACACCAUCACGCCGCUGUGGGCCGCUCCAGGCCGCAGCGUCCGUCCGGCCCGCGCCUGUUCCGCCGCCUGCUCAGAGGAGGACGAUGAGGACGAAGAGGAGGAAGAUGAUGCUGAUGACAAGGUGGGGCCCCCUGGCGGCAGGGGCGUGGGCCCCGCUGCGCCGCUGGACGCCUCGCUGGUGUAUGACGCGGUCAAGUACACGCUGGUGGUGGACGAGCACACGCAGUUGGAGCUGGUAAGCCUGCGGCGCUGCGCUGGCCUGGGCGAGGACAGCUCGGAGGACAGCGGUGGCGAGGCCAGCGAGGAAGAGACGGCGGCCACACUUCUGGGUGGUGGUCAGGGCCCGGAGGAUGCCUCCCCAGACAGCCCUGACCUCACCUUCUCUAAGAAGUUCCUCAAUGUCUUUGUCAACAGCACAUCUCGUUCUUCCAGCACGGAGUCCUUUGGUCUUUUUUCCUGCUUGGUCAAUGGGGAGGAGAAAGAGCAAACCCAUCGGGCUGUCUUCAGGUUCAUCCCUCGCCAUCCGGAUGAGCUGGAGCUGGAUGUGGAUGACCCGGUGUUGGUGGAGGCUGAGGAGGAUGAUUUCUGGUUCCGUGGCUUCAACAUGCGCACAGGGGAGCGUGGGGUCUUCCCCGCCUUCUACGCCCAUGCGGUGCCCGGCCCCGCCAAGGACCUGCUGGGGAGCAAGCGGAGUCCCUGCUGGGUGGAGCGCUUCGACGUGCAGUUCCUGGGCUCUGUAGAGGUACCCUGUCACCAGGGCAAUGGCAUCCUGUGUGCAGCCAUGCAGAAGAUUGCUACUGCCCGGAAGCUGACUGUCCACCUGCGUCCUCCUGCCUCCUGUGACCUUGAGAUUUCCCUUCGGGGGGUCAAGCUGAGUCUAAGCGGAGGACCUGAGUUCCAGCAUUGCAGUCACUUCUUCCAGAUGAAGAACAUCUCCUUCUGUGGCUGCCAUCCCCGCAACAGCUGCUAUUUUGGCUUCAUCACCAAACACCCUCUGCUGAGCCGCUUUGCCUGCCACGUCUUUGUCUCCCAGGAGUCCAUGAGGCCCGUGGCCCAGAGUGUGGGCCGCGCCUUCCUGGAGUACUACCAGGAGCACCUGGAGUACGCCUGCCCCACAGAGGACAUCUACCUGGAGUAGCUGCUCGCCGCUCCCCGGCUGCGGGGGCAGCUGGGGCUGGGCGUGUCUCCAGAAGCCGCCGUGGCUUUGGCAAGAACUGGA